AUGCCAGAAGUAAAAAAGUCAGUGAAAUACGUUACUCUGCAUUCUGAAAACAUUGAAAAGUAUAAGACAAUUAUAAGCCCUUUAAAUGAUGACUAUCUUUUUUUAUUUGAUAUUGACGAAACACUAUUUCAAUUUGAGAAAGAAUUUAAUAAAGCUGAGAUUGCUUCAUGGAAAGAGGUUUUUUACAACUUGCAAAAACAGACUUCUGAAACUAGAAGUUUUCACGAAAUCUUGAUGAGUUGUCCAAUGUGGGGUGGUGGUUUUUAUAGAGCCUUUGAAAUUACAGCCAAGAAGGCUGAUGACUUAAGAGGUUUCUUUGAUUAUAAAAAAUACAUUUCAAAAGAUGAAUUAUUAAAAAAAACUCUAGAUAGUCUUUCUUGUAGAAAGUGGUGUUUUACUAACGGAUUGAAAUGUAGAGCGGAGGCCAUUUUACAAUGUUUAGGCAUUGAAGAAUGUUUUGAAGGUAUAAUUUGUAUUGAUGACAACGAAAUGGGAACUAGAGGAAAACCUUUUGAUUUUGCUUAUAAUUUUGUAGAAUCAUUAUUUAAGAUUACAAAAAAGGAUAAAAUAUACUUUUUUGAUGAUAAUAAAAAUAAUGUAGAAAAAGGGAAUACCUUCAACUGGAAUACUUUUUUAAUUGAUGAGAAAACAAAUCUAGUACAAUUACUUGAUUAUUUAAAAGAAAAACUGAAUUUGGAAGUUGAACGCUAA